CGUAAUUGCUCGCCGUGCACUCUCAGUGCUCAAACCGAAUCCAUAGUUUAUUCGAUUUACACAUAAAAUUCAACGAUGAAAGCUCAAGAAUCACGUUUUGCGCCAAAAAAUUAGGGUAUGUUUCGAUAGUUCGUUAAUCAUGAUUGGAUUUAGAUCUAAUAGUUCGUUAACCUCGAGAAUCACGCAUUUUCCAUAUUUACUGAUGCAAUUUUAGACUCAAAUUCAUGUUCAUAUGCAAAUAUAAAAAUUAACGUGUGUUGAUUAAUUUAAAAUUGAAGGAUAAUUUAUAUAAUAUCGAAGUACUUUUCAAUUUAGGUGCAAAUAUUUGAUUAUCGAAUUCGGAAAGGUAUACUUUAGCGAACUAAAUCUCACAUAUCAAAGAGAUCUUGUUUUGUGAUUGAUUUAUUAAUGCACGAAAUUUUGUUGUAUGAAAUGUUUCUUCACAGGAGGAUGUAAAAUGUUUAAGAAGAUGAAAACUAUUCCAUCCGAAGUUUUAGCAUUGGUGUAUGUUUAAGUGAUAAAUUCAUGAACCUUCUAUGUGGUAUUUAGCAGUGCUUUAAAACAUUUGCUCUAACUGCGGUUAGAAAUCAAACUUUAAAACAUUUGUUCUAACUGCUGUUAGAAAUCAAACUGGUGUUAGAAUCGAAUAAAAUCAAGCCGUCAUUGCGUUGAAAGUUGUGACCAUUUGUAGAGCAGAAUUGGUCAUUGCCAUGUACGUUGUCAUUGCGUCGAAUAUUGUAACCAUUUGUAGAGCAGAAUUUGUCAUUGCGUCGAAAGUUGUAACCAUUUGCAGAGCAGAAUUCGUCAUUGCGUCGAAAAUUGAGAGUUGUAACCCUUCGCAGAGCAGAAUUUGCCACACCGGCAAUUGAAUAUUUGGUUUGUGAAUCUUGACAAUUCAAAAUUGUCCUCAACACUCUAAUUCUUUAUGGGAAUAGUAUUCGAACUCACUGCAAAUUUUACAUCAAUACAGAAUAAGUGCAUGGGCUGUAAAUUAUCAUUAGCAUAAACAAUACUAAACAACAGUGUUCAACGCCAAAUUACCUAGCCUUGUUUUUCCUUUUUCCUCUCAAAACUCCUCAAUUUAAUCAGCCAAAAAUAUCUGUCGUGGGACUCAACUUUGUGUAAGACCAAUUAUAAAAAAAUGUAUAUAUUUUUUUUUGAAAGAAAGUGGUAGAUUUAGAGAACAUAAUUCAGAGCAUCGGCAAUGAUGCAUUUUGGGUCUGAGAUUGCUGUAAAUAAGGCUUAAUUAGAAAGGCGUGCAUUUAAUCCUGACGUGAAAGAUACAAAAUAAAGUAUUAGUUUUCAAUUCAUCUAUCUAUAUGCUAAAUUUCUUCGUCUAACUAGAGCUGGUUUCAACUUUUUAUCUUUUCACACGCUCCAGACUAAUUUACAGAGGACAUGCAUUACUCAGCAAAUUCGAACAAUCCAUGUGACAACCGUCAAAACAAUCUUAGUCCCUCAAAUGCUACGACUUGAAAGUGUAAAACACAAAAAUAACACUGAUGGUAUUGAUCCGUAAUACCAAAUCUAAUUAGCAACCUGGCAUCUAAUUAUAACAGGCACCAUUUUCUUUUAAAAGUCCUGCUGUUCCAUUAAAUAGUUUCAGUAGAAGGGGCUUUAAAUUUCCUAAGGACUUGAUGGAAGAAGAUAUAAUUUUGUUUAUGGGAUUUAUUAGUGGAACUGGAAAUACGUUAUAUAUUAUUACCAGUAAAAGCAAACUUAAUUUUGUAUUAAUAAUAUUAUAGUAGAAAGAGAUUGUACAGUCAGUCAUACACAAGGGAUUCUAGCUCUCAAGUUGUUGUCGUACUGUUUUCAGUUUUGGCAUCAAAAAAAAAGUAUAGAUUGUAUUUUUUUUUUUAAGACCAUACAAAUCUAAUGUAAGUACGAUCAAGCUGGCAGUAAGACAACUGAUUUUUUUCACCAGGGCCGAUGUACUACCUUCAGUGUUAUCAAAUAGCGGUGCCAUGGCUGCAAUAAGAUAUACAUGGCGGUUUUUGGACUCGCCACAAUGGUACAUAUCGGCCAAUAUUAUGGUAUUUUCUGCCAUAAUCCACUAUAGCGGUGCCGCAAAGCGGCCAGUAUGGUGUGAUUUUGGCUCUGCCAUGGACCUCCAUCCACCAUUGACGACAGUGACUAUCUUUCAAAUGAGCUACUCCAGGAAUCAAUUCCUAGUUCUUUUCUUGAGAGAGUCUAGUUGCCAACUCUCCCAACACUGUUGGUUUUAGAUACUUUAAUCUCUACAGGGGCAGUACUUUGUGCUAGAAUCUCUGCAGGGGCUGUACUUUGUGCUUUCUGUUCUAUUCUCUACUAUUGUCUCUUCAAACCCUAGUUAUAUUUUAAUAGUUUUCAAAUCUCUGCUGGGACAAUACUUCGUGCUAGAACUUAACCUUAGAUAUUUUAACCCUUUUCCACAAAUGUAGCCAUCACAAAAAAUAUUUUCCUUAACUAUGUCAUAUGUAUAGCCUUUUCGCACUAGGUGGAGUCGACCAUAUGGAUCAAUGGCAAAGCCAUGCAAACAGCUUUGGGUGGGUGGCAUUAGCCCAGCUGUUACAAAGGAAGACUUAGAAGCCGACUUCCGGAAGUUUGGUAAAAUCGAGGAUUACAAGUUCCUCAGAGACAGAAAUACUGCAUGUGUUGAAUUUUUCAAUUUGGACGAUGCCAUUCAGGCAAUGAAAAUCAUGAAUGGAAAACGUAUUGGUGGGGAAAAUAUUCGUGUUGACUUCCUCCGUUCACAUUCUACAAGAAAAGAUCAAUUUCUUGAUUAUGGGCAAUUCCAAGGAAAAAGCUCGGGACCUACUGAUUUCUAUUCUGGACAAAAAAGGCCACUGUUCUCGUGUCAACAGAAUUCACAACCUCAAAUGGGGAGGAAGGGUGAUGGUCAACCUAAUAAUAUUUUGUGGAUCGGUUAUCCUCCCAAUGUUCAGAUUGAUGAGCAAAUGCUCCACAAUGCCAUGAUUCUAUUUGGUGAAAUUGAGAAUAUCAAGAGUUUUCCUUCAAGGCAUUAUUCAUUUGUUGAAUUUAGAAGUGUUGAUGAAGCCCGACGUGCAAAAGAGGGCCUUCAAGGACGCCUUUUCAAUGAUCCUCGCAUAACGAUCAAUUAUUCCAACGGUGACCAGGUACAUGGCAAAGAUUACCCUGGCUUCUAUCCUGGUAGUAAUGGGCCAAGACCUGAUUUAUUCCUAAAUGAGCAUCCAUAUGGACCGUUACAAAUGGAUUUUUUCGGUCAUAAUCGUCCUAUGGUUCCAAAUAAUUUUCCUGGACAUUUGCCAACUGGUGGUAUUGUUGGUCCAAACAUGCCAAUGCGGCCUUUUGGUCCUCAAGGUGGUCCUGGAUCUGUUGUUUCUGGCCCGGAUUUUAACGAGAGUAGUACUUUACACAAAUUUCAGGAUAGUAGCUUGACAAAUAAGAUGGGUCCAAACUGGAAAAGGCCAUCUCCUCCUGCACCAGGGUUGCUUUCUUCUCCUGCAACUGGUUCUCGGCUUCCUGCAAGAUCAGCCUCUGGUGCAUGGGAUGUACUUGAUGUAAACAACAUUUCAAGAGAUUCUAAGCGGUCUAGGAUAGACGGUACAUUACGUAAUGAUGAGGCUCCAUAUGCUGACAUUCAUGGAAGGGGUAUUCUUGGUCCAGGAGGCUCGAGGAUAACAGGUGGAGUACAUGCUUCUGUCCCACCAGGUGAUAUGGAUCAUAUAUGGCGUGGACUUAUUGCAAAAGGAGGAUCUCCUGUUUGUCAUGCUAGAUGCAUCCCUAUUGGGAAAGGAAUAGGGACAGAGCUUCCAGAAAUUGUUGAUUGCUCAGCUAGGACAGGAUUGGAUGUACUCGCAAAGCACUAUGCAGAUGCAAUUGACUUUGAGAUUGUUUUCUUUCUGCCUGAUAGCGAAGAUGAUUUUUCUGCGUACACUGAAUUCUUACGCUACCUUGGUGCAAAAAAUCGUGCUGGUGUUGCCAAAUUUGGCAAUACAACUUUAUUCUUGGUACCACCUUCUGAUUUCCUGACAAAAGUUUUGAAAGUCAAUGGACCUGAACGUUUAUAUGGUGUCGUUCUAAAGUUUGCACCAGUACCAAGUGGUGUGCCUGUGCACCACUCUUCACAAACGCCUACACCACCGUCUAAUCAAUAUAUGCAGCAGUUUCCUCCUUCACAGGCUGACUAUGAUAUGAAUCCUGCAAAGGAUGACCGGGUUUUACCGAUGGACUACAACAGAAUGUUGCAUGAAGAUUCUAAGCUUCCUGCUAAGCAAGUAUAUCCACCUAUAGGUGGGCCUUCAGUUCAAUCUGCAGCUCCAGAUUAUGCUCCAAAUACUGCUUCUGGGUCUCAAGCUGGAGUCGCAUUAACACCAGAGCUUAUUGCGACUUUAGCUUCUUUUCUUCCAACAAAUGCGCAAUCAUCUGCUAUUGAUGGCGCCAAGUCGGCUGUAGGCUCCUCAACGGUAAAGCCUCCAUUUCCUCCUGUGGCACCUAAUGAUGGAAACCAAUCUCAAUUAUGGAAACAGGAUCAUCAAAUUGCAGAUCAAUCCAUUCAUCCACCUCAGCAGUUUAGGAAUAUGUAUAACAGUCACAAUGCUCAUUUUCAGCCUUAUCCGCCAGCAUCAGCUCCUGGUCACACUUCUCAAGUGUUUUCUGGAAGUUCUCAUACUCAAGACAGUGCUCUUAGCCAGCAACUGCAAGGAGUUGUUUCAUCUAGACACAUGUCAAAUUUUGUUACGCCUAGUCAAAGUGGACAUGUACCUGCAUCCCCCCAUUUCAGUCAUCAGUAUCAGGCUGAGGUUCCCCCCAAUUCUCAGGCUUUCCAACAACCUAAUAAUAACCCCCAGCCUUUCCAGCAACCUAAUAAUAACUCUCAGCCUUUCCAGCAACCUAGCAGCACAAAUCCUCCGCAUCAACCUGUCAUGCAAUAUACAGCAGACCAAAUAAACUCUAAUCCUCCCAUUCAGCAACAUCCUGCGUUUGGAGUUAGUCAAGGCACCCCAGAAUUGGAGGCUGAUAAGAACCAGAGAUACCAGUCAACGUUACAGUUUGCUGCCAAUCUUCUACUCCAAAUACAGCAGCAGCAAACACAAGGAGAACAUGGGCCAGGAAAUCAACAAUGAUAAUUGUUUUCUGUUUGCGAAAAAUCAUUUAUUAUUUUUGUACGCUAAAUGAAUGGACGCGUAGGUUGUGUGGUCAGAGAGACGCUUGUACGCUUGGGACAAAGGUGACGAACGAGUAUUUGACGAAUUCGGCCGAGAUUUCUAAAAUCUUAUUUUCUAAUAAGGAUAUUUGUGUUAUUUAUUUUUUGGUUAGCAUAUGUUCUAUCUACAAACUAUCAAAUUGUAAGAUGGAAAUUGAUUUUUUAUUUAUUUUAUUUUUGUUUUUGUUUAA